AUGCUAGUCGACCAACCUUCUCUCAACGCUCCUCGUCAACCUCCUUCAAUAUCAACUCAUGCUGCACGUGCCGUAUGGCCAUCAGAGCCAUCUCCAACCUCCCCCGAUUCCCCAAUGACUCCAACCGCCACUGAAAGAGCCCAUAAGCGCCCCAGAGUCGAUACCGAUAACCUACCAUCUUUCAAAACUCAUAGACGUUCUGCUAGGACUCCUUCAUCCCCUCUUACUCCAUGGCGUUCCUUUAGAAAGGCAGACUCUCGUCCACUCAAUAUCGACCCCCACUGUUCACCUCUACCCGUACACCCUCCAGUAGACCUUUCAUCUCCUCAUAUACCCUCCAUGCAUCCCCUUAUCAAUCGUCAUACCCUCAAAGAACUCGAUCUUGACUCUAUCCUUCGUAAUCCACAACUUCGACAUGAUUUGCUAUUCGACGCUGGUCUCCAGUUUCGUCCCACCUCUGGUCGACGAAAACGCGAUCUUUCUGACAAAUAUUGGCGCGCCGUUGCACAAGAACUAGAAACAGGCUUGCACCUGCCCCCACGACCUCCUCUGCGUCUGUUCCCAGGGCCCCAUGCCCGAAGUACCCAGCCUUACUUACUGCUUCCCCUCGCCGCGCUCUCACCCUUCGUAUGCCCUCCCGUAUCCGUCCCCUCCUCACAGAGUUCCUGGAAGUUUUGCUGUUCGUCAUCCAGCCACUUACCAAGCUGCGCCACUGAACUCUUCGAUCCCUCAGGUCUUUUUAUCGUCAUCGGUCAAACCCUCAAAAGCCACUGUGCCCCCAUGCGCGAUCGCGCCGUCGACGCCAUGGUCGAAGCAGCCAAGGCUUGCGCCCCUGGAUGCAGUGGUAGUAAAGCGGAUGCGGUCAAGGCCGUUCGCGUGUGCCUAGAUAUCUUGGAACUCAUGAAACUGGAUAUUGCGAACCACCAAUUACAAACCCUCCGCCCUUUCCUCAUAGAAACCGCGGGCCAGUAUGAGCUCAAGGCCUUCAAUGGCCGAAAGGGGGCAGGUGCCUCACUAGACCUCACCCGGAAAUGGAUACAAACAGCAUCCCACCACCUCAUGUCCUCCCAUACCAUUCCCCAUCCGUCUCUUCCUUCCAGCUCCAUAAUUUAUCGUCAACUUCCUCAAACGCAACAAAUUUAUUUGAGCGUGCUAAAGGCUCUCACGGACCUCGUUUUUGAUCCACCUUGCGGCCCAUCUCACGCUUCAUCCCUACCACGCGUGACGAAAUCUAACAUACCAUAUCUCCCUUUAUACCCCGAAACAACUUACCUUGAUGGCGCUCGUCUUCUUGUUCUCUCUGGAGAAGCUGCGGACGCCACUGCUAUCUAUAUGUUCCUUCUUCUAUUCCGCCAACUCGUGUUCUCAGACCCUUGCGAUCCAACCCUUAAAGUCAGCGAACCCCAACUCGCAUCGCUCAAGAAGGAAAUAAGAGACAUCUCUUCCUCCCAUCUCGGCCAUUGUUUCAAUCAAGGGUCAGACUCUGACAAUGAGAAAUGGGCCAAGAUCAGACAGGACAUCGUUUUGCAGAUCGCCAUGCGCGCAAAAGAGGCUCGAACGUCCACACGGCUUGAUGGGGUAUCGCCGUCCCUUGCUUCCGCGCCAGAUGAACGUAUGCUGAAACUAGCCGAACGCUGCAAGAUGCUGCGCAAUAGGAUCCGCGACGUCGUUUUCAAUCAAGUCGUGGCGCUCACUUUUCCAUCUCGAGACUCGCUUACGCCUCCGCCUUCUGCGUUGGCGUCGGGUAUGGAGCCUCUUGCUGAUGAGAUCCGGUUGCUAUCAGAGCGACUGUCGCGGUUGGCGCAUAUCCAUCUAGGCGUGUAUCUUCCCUUGUACGAGCAGGAAGAUUUUUCGUCUUCGAUCUUUUCGAAUGCAUAG